AUGUCGCACCCAGCUUUGCCGUUCUUCAGUCUACCAAAGCAUGUCCGAUUGUUGGUCUACGAGCAACUCGAAUCAAGCAACAAAUACGUGCACCUCAGUAACCAGCCAGACCAAGAUCCCGAUUGCGCGAUCCUCACGAUGCAAGAUGCGCUUUCCAGAAGCUCGAUGCAGAUCCUUCUACCAAUGCGGGGAAAUGCCGCCGAAACGGUAGUUCUGUUCCUCGGCGCAGCAGGGCCAUCGGAGGAAGUCCACGACAUUUCAGUCGUGCGCUCCAGCAAAGCCUGGCUCAUGACGCAAGAAGGCCGCCAUAAGGUAGAUGGUAUGGUUGCAAAGCUCCCCAGAACUCUGGCGAGCAAAGUAAAUCAUUAUGUAGAAACUUUCAGUUAG